AUGAUGAGGAGAAGCAGACACCGCGCAAGUAUGGGACCUUCUGUGCUUUUCAGAUGGCUUGUGUUCACAUUGGUGGUGCCCGCCUGGCUGCUUGCAGCUCCAAAUGGCAUCCGGGAGCGUCGCUGCCCGCAGAGCUGCAGAUGUGAUGGGAAAAUAAUAUAUUGUGAAUCCAACGCCUUUCGUGACGUGCCAAACAACGUGUCUGUGAGCACGCAGGGGCUGUCCCUUCGCUACAACAGCCUGGUAAGCCUCAGAGCUCGUCAGUUCGCGGGCCUGAGCCAACUUGUUUGGCUUUACCUCGACCACAAUUACAUUAACGCCGUGGACGGUCAGGCUUUCCAUGGGAUACGCAGGCUCAAAGAACUGAUUCUCAGCUCCAACAGGAUCACGCAGCUUAAAAACAACACAUUCCAUGACGUCCCAAAUUUACGUAAUCUCGACCUGUCCUACAACAAACUGCAGGUUCUCCAGCCUAAUCAGUUCAUAGGUCUACGGAAGCUGCUCAGUUUACACUUGAGGUCAAACUCCCUAAAAACUAUCCCCAUGCGGGUUUUUCUCGACUGUCGCAACCUGGAGUUUCUUGAUGUCGGCUACAACAGGCUGAGGAGCCUGACACGUAAUGCCUUCGCAGGACUCCUUAAGCUCAUUGAGCUUCACUUGGAGCACAAUCAGUUUUCAAAGAUAAACUUUGCCCAUUUCCCCCGCCUGACUAACCUGAGGGCACUCUAUCUGCAGUGGAACCGUAUCAAACAGCUAACCCAGGGUCUGCCAUGGAUGUGGACUUCUUUGCAAAAGUUGGACCUCUCAGGAAAUGAAUUAGAGAUUUUGGAUCCAAGCACAUUUCAGUGCCUUCCUAACCUCCAGACUCUGAACCUGGACUCCAACAAACUUAGCAAUGUCUCUCAGCAGACAGCAGAGACAUGGAUCUCCCUCACCACCAUCAGCCUGGCUGGUAAUUUGUGGCACUGCAACCCCAACAUCUGUCCCCUGGUGUCCUGGCUCAAAGCCUUCAAGGGUAACAAGGAGACUACUAUGAUUUGUGCAAGUCCCAAGGAGGCACAAGGAGAGAAAGUAACAGAUGUGGUGGACACGUAUAACAUCUGUACAGCAACUCCGUCUCCUAUCCCUUCAACGACACUUCCCCUCACGUCUGCGUUUCAGCCUGAACUGCUGCCUCUCCCUACGCAGCCUGUGGUUGACAUAAAGUUGACCUGGAACAGGACGGCCUCUCCAACUCCUUCCGAGGCCUCCCCCACCAUAUCCAUUCCAGAUACGGAGUAUGUGUCCUUCCACAAGAUCAUAGCUGGAAGCGUGGCCCUCUUUUUAUCUGUGGCUAUAAUUCUUUUGGUUAUUUAUGUCUCAUGGAAGCACUAUCCGAGCAGUCUCAAACAGCUUCAGCAGCGCUCAGCAGUCAAAAAGCGCCAGAAAAAGUCACGGGAGACUGAGCGCUCAUUUAAUUCAUCACUACAAGAGUACUAUGUGGACUACAAGCCUUCACACUCAGAAACUAUGGAUAUGCUGGUUAAUGGGACAGGACCUUACACAUACACCAUCUCAGGCUCCAGGGAAUGUGAGAUACCACGACAGCUGAACCCCCUGACUCUGUACAGGUAUGAGCAGUCGGUUCUGGACAACUGCCAUGCUCACCUGUCGCUGCACCACAAUGCGGGCAAGGAGCCCUUCACUUGGAUGCUAGGAGGUUCAUGGCCAGCCUUGUAUCACCCAGGCCUAAUGGCUGCUGUCCCCGCUGAGCCUGUGCUGCCUUGCCCCCAGACUCACUCCCACCACCGGUGAGCCGUGUACAACGCUGAGGCUCCGUCUGCAAACUCCUGUAUUCCUGCAACACAGAAUCUCUGAACUGUUCGAAGGAAAUAAGAGGUUGUAUGGGAGGACACUGGAACUGGUAAAAAUGCGGAGGAGACAGCUAAUCUACUGCAGAGUAUUCUGAACGCAGGGAACUAUUUUUCAGUGAAAAUAAAGGGGUGCAGCAGCAUUAAUUAGAGAGAUGUUCACCUACUCGACCCAAAACGUCCUCAAUUAGUAAA